AUGACAGCAACAAAAGUUCUCAAAGAUCUUUCGAUAAUCUUGGAAUUAACAAUAUUGCCCAAUAGUAACCCUGUCUCUUACAACUUUCAAGUUAAAAAGGGACAAAUGCUACUAGAUAUUGUUAGGAAUUUUAUGAUGGAGCAUAAUAUUCCCUGCUAUUUGGAAAUCUCGGUAAUGUCAACUAUCGAAUCAUUGAUGCGAGAGAGUUGGCGUCGGGAUAUGGAGAUGGACUCGAAAAUUCCUGAUGAAGCGGAGGCAAAAAGAAUCCGAUCAGAGCUCGUGGCAAAAUAUCAGAAACAUACAACUCGUUUUAAUGAUUCCCCUUCGGAGGAUGUCUUUCCCAAGGCUUAUCAUACACUGGUACAUUCUCCGGUGCCAUCUAUUUUUGACGCUUUGUUGCAAUUUGAGCAAAAUUGUAAGCAAGCCAUCAAAGAAUUUACAGAUAAAAGGGAUACUCAUUUGGGAAUCAUGGGUGAAAGACAUCAAAAAGAAGUCACCGAGAAUGGAGAAAAUAAUUAUCACCAAUUAAUCGAGGAUGUCGAAUUGAGUCAAGCAACAUGGCAGAGUCAACUAGAGGAACUUCAGAGAAGGCAAAAACGCGAAUAUUGUAACUUUGUUCUGAAACUCUAUGAAGCGCAUCAGCAGUGGAUGUCAGAGCAAACAGCUGGUGUGGAUUCUGCAGGGUUAUAUAAAUUGGAUGGAAAAGAGAUUGUCUCGAAGGUAAUUAAUGAAAUGAGAGAGCAAGAAAAGGGGCUUUCAAGAGAGCUUCUUCGACUUGGUCAAGAGAAUACUGCUCGGAGUCGCCCAGGAAGCAUAAGUUCGAUGGCAGAUAUCAUUCAUUCCCCUAUUAUGUCACCAACUACAUCUAUGUUUGCUAGUCCUACGGAAGAAAAGAAACCAAUGUUUUUUGCGGAAGACGUCGUCGCAAAGAUACGAGAAUUAGGUUUCAGCAAUGAACAGGCUAAAAUGGCUCUUGAAAUGACUAACCAUAAUAUGGUUCAAGCGAUAAACCUUCUGAUAGAAUCUGGAGAAAGGGUAGAUUUACAAAUAGCCAAUGCACAAAAUAUGAUGACACGCCGUCCUUCAAUACCAGUUGUGACACCACCUCCUACACACAGGCGCUCAAAAUCUCAUAGUAGGCCUCUCGCGUUAACCGUGCUUACAAAACAAGAAAAGAAGAAUGGGUGGUCGCCGAUGUCAUUCUUACAACAACAAAAACAGAAUAUGUUGGCUUCACAGAAUAAUAAUUCAUCCGUAAGAAAGAUAAGCGGAUGGCUUGGAAAGGCGAUGAAUCUGGGAAGCGAAGAAGGAAACGGUCAUGGAUCAUUACAGUUGGAUGAUCCUCAGCUUGUGGAAUCCUUCACCAUCUCGCUAGGCAAUCAAGUCAAAUCCACUCACAACUUGCGUUUACUGGCGUCUGACAUGGAUGAUCUGUUAAAAACAUCAAACGAUCUUGCGCGAGAUAUGGCUUAUAGGGCACAGACUGCGGCAAAUUUGUAUUCACAAAAUUUGACAGCAAUUGUCUUGUUGUUGACGCCUAGAGAUUGGCCGAAUUACAAGUUAGGGAAAAGUGCAAACAAAGCGUUUUUUGAAUGUUGUAAGGAAUCCACGGAAUUUCACUUUGAUAAUGUGGACUUACAAUUUGAAGCGAUUGAGAAAGAUUAUAUGGUUGAUGGAGAAAUAACUCCGGUGCAAGAAGGCGAUUUCUUUAUCACAAGACAUUCUAAUUUACCAUUGGUUCAUGUGGUAUUCCAUCUGGUGAUAGAUUUUGAAUCGAUUCAAAAAUCAGAGUUAACGCAGCGUUCAAAGGUGAUUGCCGGGCUACGAAACAUCUUGCGCACAGUGACGCGUUUCGACAUUACAAGUAUUUCGCUUCCAUUUCUUUUACUUCCGUCAAACGUGGAUUGCUUUUCGGAUCCAACAAUCAACGAGAAUCUCUUGUAUCGAAGAGGUGAGCUUGUACUUAAAUGUACAAAAGGAUUUAUGAUUGAAAAUUCCAGAUUACCUAAACGCAUGGCCGAAAAGGAGCAAGAAACGAAAACUGUGUCAUUUUUAUUACCAAAAAGUGCGACAGAACAACAAUUCAAUAAUCUCAGAUUAUUAUUAACCGGAAUAUUUAGAGCGAGUUAG